AUGGACAGUGUAUCGCAAAUAAUUUCUCACCGUCGAAAUAGUUUCACUUUAUGGCCUCAAUGGUUAGCUGCUUUUGAAUUAUUUGUGAUGUCAUCGGUGGUAGGAUUACAAGGAGGUUGGACAUCACCAUUCUUAUCAAAACUGGAUGCAACGAUAAACCCAAAUUCAGAACUUUCAAUUACUAAAUCAGAGGCCUCGUGGAUAGCAUCGCUUACAAGUUUCGCACAAACAUUUGGUGCCAUUUUCGGUAUAAUACUUGUUUACACGAUCGGUAGUAAACAGUCAACCCUAAUAACUGGAAUUCCGAUGGCUUUGAGCUGGACAUGCUUCAUGAUCAUUAAAUCAGUACCAUUGAUCUACAUAUCACGAAUUCUUAGCGGACUUAGUUUUGGGCUUUAUCAGGGCGCAUAUGUGUUAUAUAUCGGAGAAAUUUCACAUCCUAAGAUUCGAGGUGCUCUAGUAGCUCUGUCCAUAAAUGGAUGCUUUAUAGGCUAUUUUUGUGGAAACUUGAUGGGAAAAUAUUUGGACAUGUGGCAUUUUGCUACUGUCAGUCUGGUUCCAACUUUAUUAUUUUUAGGUUCAUUUAGCAUGAUGCCUCACACUCCGUCUUUUCUUGUGCUCAACAGUAAGAUGAACGAGGCUGCAAAAUCAAUUAGAUUCUAUGAUCGUAAUGCUGAUGUUGCCAAAGAACUUGAUGCUCUUUCACAUUUCAUGCGAGCAAACCGAACGACAACACUAGUGUCUAAGUUACGGGCCAUCAAUACGCCGACAAAUCGCAAAAUAUUGUUUAAAGUAAAUGUUGUUAUUGCACUCACUAAAUUGAGCGGGAUCUACACGAUUCCUGCGUACAUGGAAAUUAUUUUAAGAAACGUUAAAAUACAAACAAUAAAUCCAACUGAUUUGGUAAUCAUAGUGGGCUUCAUAAGUACAUGUUUCAGCUUGCUCGCAACGUACACCAGCGAUAAAUUUGGCAGAACUAACAUGCUACUCUUUUCUUCAAUCAGCAUAGCCUUUUCAAUGUUUCUAUUGGGACUGAAUUAUCAGAUGUUGGAUUUAGGUAUAGAUAACAAAAAUUUUCAGUGGUUGUCAAUAAUCGCGGUUGUCAUUUUUCAACUUUUCUCUGCUAUCGGUAUCCAACCAACACUUGCUACGAUAACAAGUGAGAUGUUUGCACCCAAUGUAAAAAUCGUAGGUGCUUCACUCAUCAGUGCUCUGAGUGGGUUAUGUGCAUUUACUUCUAUGAGGAGUUACCAACCAAUGGUCGAAAACUUCACCGAAAAAUAUGUUUUUUGGAUAUAUUCAUUACUGUUUAUUGCGAUUGCAGUUUACAUUAGAUUGUUUAUCCCAGAAACGAAGGGUAAAUCUCUCAUAGAAAUACAAGAGAUGUUACUUGAUAAGAAAAAAACUGAACUGAAUGACGAAAGUGAUUCAUAA